GAUAGUCGUAGUAGUAGCUGUAGCUCUCAUUCUAGUGUUUGUUACAUUACAUUGUACACAAAGUCAGGAGUAGUGGUGAUAGCUACGAUUGUAGACCACGUGGGUUUUGAAACUCACAUCAGUUGGUUUUAAACUACGACUAGACACACUACUCCCGAGCAAUAUUUCCCGCUUUAUCAAUUGUUAUUUUUUACAUACCCCAUUCUAAAGUGGAUUUAAUAUUUUUUUAGUUUAUUAUUUAUUGAAACAACUGGUGCUCAUAAUUAGCUAUUCAUUCAUUUAUUUAGUCAUUCAUAAUAAAAUGUUACAGUGAAUUAAUUAUUAAAUAUUUAAUUUAUAUUGUGAUCAAUAAAUAAUUGUGAAUUUUAAAAAUAUUUAAAAGUUACUGCCGUUGGAUUUUAAAAAAUUUGACAACAAGGGAGGCCGCGAGCUUUUUCCAUCGUUGAGUAACAACGAUGCGGCCUCACUUACUAAUUUUACGUGCUGGAUGUACGGCUUCAUCGAUGAAAGCAGACUGGCAAAUGGUGAAGUUGGUGGACUCAUCGAGGACCCGAUGGUGGUCGAGAAGAGUCAGGGUUCCGGUAUAGGCAAAUCACUCCAGCUGUCCCAAAUUCACCGCCUCUAUCCCGAAGACAUAGACAUUGAUAUAAAAAGGGAUAUUAAUAACAAAGAUAUUAAAGAAUGUAAUAUUGAGCUGUCGGAGUUGGACGAGUUCCUGCACUGUCGCGGCUGCAACGACAAUAAUCGAGAAAUGGUGGGCCAAGACAUGGCCCAGAGCUACAAUGAGCUCUUCCACGCAGCCCAGGAACCUCAAGAAUUCAUUUCCCUCGAAGAGUUGGGCCCGAGGAUCACCAGUACCGAUCAUCAUUGCCACCCGGUUGCUAACACGGUCAUCAAUAAUGAUCAAUUGUAUGGAGAUGCUGAUGAGGGACAGCAUCAAAGUCAACCGAGGACUUACUAUAAUUUAUCUUCUCUUCCAGACUCAUGUGCAAGUGUUUAUUUUGGUGACAUACGUACUGGAAAUAAUGAUAUACAGGCUGGAGAACCACUUGCACCAACAGCAACCCCAGCAACAGGUACUCCAUUAUCACCAGAAAGACUUAAUCGGCACCAAUCGAAUAUUAAAAAUAAUUCCCCGGCUGAUCGUGAAAAAAUAAUUGGCAGCAUAAAUACAACAACCACGACAAUACACGCAUUGACAGUAUCAGUAGCAACGAGCGUCAGUACGAGCAGUACCAAUUGUACCAGACGCGAUGCUAAAGUAUCCAGGGCCGACGAAACCUUGGCCGAAUAUGAUAAAAGUUGCAUUGAACCUUUUACGCAUCCCGAUAUUCGUACCAUGCAAAUCUCUCAGCCUGGCCUGUCUCCGACUCAGAGUAACUCGUAUCAUCACCAUCACCAUCACCAUCACCAUCAUCGUCAUCAUCAUCACCGCGAAAUUAUUGAUACUCAAUGCACUACUCCAGAAGAUGAUUGCGCACCUCUGACAAAGAAAAGAAAAAUAUCGUGUCAAGAAGAUAAUGAUUUGAUAGAAGAUGCGACAGAAGAUACUAAAUCAGUUCGUACGAAUGCUGACAGUAAGAAACAAAAUCACAGCGAAAUUGAAAAACGUAGACGUGAUAAAAUGAAUACUUAUAUUACUGAACUAUCAGCGAUGAUACCAAUGUGCCAUGCAAUGUCUAGAAAAUUAGAUAAAUUAACUGUAUUACGUAUGGCAGUACAACAUAUUAAAACAAUAUUAGGUGCCGUUACAACUUAUACUGAGGGUCAUUAUAAACCGGCAUUUCUUAGUGAUCAAGAAUUAAAAACACUCAUCUUACAGGCUGCUGAUGGAUUUUUGUUUGUUGUCGGAUGUGACCGUGGAAAAAUUUUAUAUGUAUCAGAAUCUGUUUCUGAAAUACUUAAUUAUUCUCAAGACGACUUAUUGGGUCAAAGUUGGUUUGACAUAUUGCACCCAAAGGACGUAGCGAAAGUUAAAGAGCAAUUAUCCUCAUCAGAUUUAAGUCCGCGUGAAAGAUUAAUUGACGCAAGAACGAUGCUUCCGGUAAAGACUGACGUACCGCAAGAUGUUUCACGGCUGUGUCCAGGCGCAAGAAGAUCAUUUUUCUGUCGCAUGAAGAGAAAAAUAAUUGAAAACUCAUCUGGAUGCAAUGAAUCUCAAAUAAAAGAAGAAACUGAUGCUGCGACUGGUUGCCACCGUAGAAAAAAACAGCAAAGUACUGACUGGAAAUACUGUGUUAUCCAGUGUACCGGUUAUUUAAAAUCCUGGGCACCAGCAAAACUAUGUUUGGAAGAGCCAGAAGGCGAAAGUGAUGGCGAAGCAUGCAAUUUAUCUUGUCUGGUUGCUGUUGGAAGAGUUCAACCAAGUUUGCCAGCUCUCACUUCAAAUUCUUCGCGCUCACCAAGAUUGAGGACCAUCGAAUUUGUUUCACGGCAUGCUACCGAUGGAAAAUUUCUUUUUGUCGACCAAAGGGCGACGAUUGUGUUGGGUUUCUUACCGCAGGAACUUUUAGGAACGAGUAUGUAUGAAUAUUACCAUCACGACGAUAUUCCUCACCUUGCCGAGUCUCACAAAGCGGCAUUAAAAUCAUCAGAACGUGUUACGACACAAGUUUAUCGAUUUAAAGCUAAAGGUGCUAGUAUUGUAAGACUACAGUCCGAGUGGAGAUCUUUUGAAAACCCAUGGACUAAAGAUAUUGAAUAUCUUAUUGCUAAGAAUUCGGCUGUUUUUCAAGAAAAUAGCAGGAAUGAAUCAGAAAACUCCAAUGUACAAGAGAAUUAUGACUUUUUUACUCAAAGCAACGCUAGUCUUGGACGACUAAUCUCUAGUCAAGUAGAGAUCUCAACGGCAGCAUCUUCAGAGAGAGAUCGUGAAUCAACUCAAUCUAGCAUUGGCAAUGAAGCUAAUGAUCUAACACCCGCAUUUAAUACUGUUUUAUCAAGUGUUUCGUUAAAUAUGUCUAAUGAUCAAGGCACAUCAAGUGAUAAUAACAUGUUGGAAAUGAUGGGAGACACGGCCAUAAGUGAAUCUCCAAACCCCUUGACCACCGAUGGAAGCGACGAAGCAGCCAUGGCCGUCAUAAUGAGUCUCUUAGAAGCAGACGCUGGUCUUGGAGGCCCCGUAGACUUCUCAGGACUUCCUUGGCCUCUUCCUUAAUUUUCAUAACUUAUAAAUUCCAUUUAUCGUAAUAAAUAAUGUUAAAAUGUCGUGAUACUUCUAAUGCACUCCUUUGAGUCUCGAUUGAAUCGACUCGUCUAGUACAAAUAAAAUUUA